AUGAGCAGUCUGGAAUUUGUUCUCUACGCUGAGUGUCUCCCGUCGCUCUACCUGCUGCCGCAGGGUCUUCGGAUAUUCCAACGGGAGGUUGAGGCCAUCAAGACCACACCCGGCCUGGUUCCCAACUUCAUAUGCUACCAGUUGCAGAGGAAUCAUAUCGCAUUCACGAGACAAAGAGGCAGUAAUGCCCUGGCUAUCUUAAUAUCUACCGCAUGGUCUCACGGGACUGAUGGCGCUGCUGUUACUGGAAUGACCGCAAACACCAUCCGAAGAAUUCAAGCAGCCCAGAAUCUGGGCAUUGAGAACAAGUAUUUGUACGUCAGCUACGCGUCGGCUGAGCAGGCCAACGAGGUAUGA